AUGGUAACAUCACCACAAAAAGUCGUCAACGUGAGCAUUUAUGACACUGCGGAGCUUCGGUGUAAUUUCUCCACCAAUGAACCGACGCAACAGCUUACAGUUGCCUGGACCUUCUAUCCCAAGACCUCCCCAACUCCAGAACAGGUGUACUACUACCAGAGUGGAGCUGAAGUGAUUGGCCAGAGGUUCAAGGACAGGCUGAAAGUUCUUUAUUCCCCUCUGAACACCACCAUGAAUGCCAGCAUCUCCAUCAGUGACAUGCGCAUUGUCGAUGCUGGGACCUACAUGUGCGAGGUCCACAACUUGCCUGAUAUCAGCGGAAUCGCCACGGCUACAGUCAUCGUUCAUGUUUUUGAGAAACCAUCAUACCCAUUCUGUGCUGUCCAUGGAGAUGUGGCGACAGGUCACUUGGUCACGCUGACCUGCCAUUCCAAGAAAGGCAACCCACCUCCCAUGUACACCUGGACCAGGACUGACAAGGGGACAACUGGAAACAUGUUAAUCAGUGCAGAUGAGACUGGUGUGCUGUCCUUCAGAAACAUCUCUCAGUUUCAGUUUGGAAAGUAUCAGUGCAAUGCAUCUAAUACCGUCGGCUUCUCUACUUGCACCAUUACUCUAAACUCAGAGAUGCACGAGGCGACGAUCGUGGGCGCGGUGAUCGGCGCUCUGCUCGCCGCCGCCUUUGUUGCACUGCUGGCAUGGAGCAUCAGUCAUCACCUGAAGAAAAGAAAACACGAGGCAACCAAGUCUAAUGCAGAGACCGCAGCGAACUACAAGGCAGUGCCCCCACAAGAAAUGAAGGAGCUCCAGGCAUGAGAAACAUGCUAGCCUAAACUCUACCCCUCAGACCAACUAUAUUAUAAAUGCAUAUGAUAAAUUAUGGGUACCUUCAACUAUUCUUACUGUAAAUGUAUUGAUCGCAAAUUAUAACUAUGCAUUUCUGACAAUAAUGUAACUAAGCUUGGAUAUUUAUAAAGAAAAAA